AUGCGCGGAUUGUUAUCCAUUAAGAGGCAUUUCUCCAUCUCUGCAAUCCAAGCUUCCUGUAACCCACAAAGGCUCUACAACUCGCGCUUUUGUUUAAAGAAUGUAAGCACUGUAACUUAUGCUCUCAGUUUGGCGGAGAGUUUAAGAUCAAAUACUCUUAGAACCGAGAUUCAUGGCUGUAAAAUUAAGCACGGUUUUUCAAAUGACAUUUACUCUCAAAACAAUUUAGUGAAAACGUACAUGAAAUGUGGAAUGUUCAGUGAUGCAUGCAAGCUAUUCGAUGAAAUGCCUGAGAGAAAUCUGGUUUCUUGGAGUCUGAUUAUAUCCGGAGCAAAUAAAAUCGGUGAGUAUGGGAUGGCUAUGGGAUUGUUUAUUGAAAUGAUGCGAACUGAGUAUUUCAUGCCUAAUGAGUUUGCUUUAAGUAGCAUCAUGAAAUCAGGUAUUAGUAUGGGAGCUGUAGAAUUUUGUCUGUGCAUCCACUGUAUUUCUGUCAAGAUCGGACUGGAAAAUAAUGUUUUUGUGGGUAGUUCAAUUCUACACAUGUACUCCAAAUAUGGAGCCAUUGAAGCAGCUGAACGAUUGUUUGAGAGUCUGAAUGAUUCAGAUCUUGGUUCUUGGAACACCAUGGUUGGAGGUUAUGCACAAUGUGGACAUAGCUUCGAAGCUAUCAAUCUUGUAUCUUCCAUGCACUCGAAAGGAGUCCCAACGGAUGAAUUCACCUUCAUACAUGCUCUUAAUGCAUGCUCAAUUACAUCUAAUCUGGACUUUGGAAGCCAGAUUCAUGGACAGAUUGUUCGAAAGGGUUUUGAAGCAAUGGUUACACUGAUGAACUCAUUGAUAGAUAUGUAUUAUAAAACCAAUGCAAAGGACCAUGCUUGGAAGCUUUUUGAAACAAUGGAGAACAAGGAUAUAGCAACAUGGAACACAAUUUUAGCUCUUUCUUCUGUAGAACAAGUUGUACCCUUGUUCACUGAUCUUAUGAUCAUGGGCUUACAACCUAAUCGUAUAACAUUUUCAAUCUUGUUCCGAAUGUGUGGGGAUGCUCAUGUGGUCAACCUCGGUCUACAGUUCUUUGGUCUUGCAUUCCGUAUUGGUUUACAUGAUGAUCCAAAUGUCUCAAAUUGUCUUAUUGGCAUGUUCUGUAGAUGUGGUGCCAAAGAAACUGCACGUUUGAUUUUCAAUUCCUUGCCUUCUAAAGACUUGCAGAACUGGAACGAGAUGAUCCAUGGGUAUAACUUGAGUUGUGAUCUUGAAGCCAUUAAGCUUUUCAUGAACUUAUGGGGUUCAAGUUCAACCAUUGAACCAAAUGAGUAUACCUUCUCAUGUGCCCUUGAAGCAUGUUUCAAGACUGAAAACAUUCAAACAGGUAGACAAGUUCACGGGAUUAUAAUCAAAUCUGGUUUUGCUUCCAAUGGACACGUGUGCAGCUCAUUAGUCCAUGGUUAUGCUAAAUCCGGAUUCCUAACCGAUUCAUAUGCGUUUUUUGAUGAUAAAAUGGACAUAGUGACUUGGGGAAGUUUGAUUUCAGCAUUAGUGGAUCAAGGCUACACGAAGGAAGCCAUUGAGGUUUUCAAUCGUCUAAAAGCCGACUCAAAAAAUCCCGAUAAAUUCAUAUUCGUUAGUGUUUUAAACACGUGUGCUACAAUCGCAUCUCUAAACCUAACAAAAUCGGUUCACAAUCAAGUGUUCAGAAUUGGGCUCGAUAAAGACGAAUAUGUCGCGAGUGCACUCAUUGAUGCAUACGGAAAAAGCGGUGAUAUCACAAGUGCAACCAUCGGGUUUCAUGAAUCAUGGAGAUUCGCUGACGUGGCGCUUUUCAAUACGAUGAUAAUGGCGUAUGCUAAUCAUGGUCUUGUAACGGAAGCAAUCGAAGUUUAUGAGAGGAUGAAAUCGAUGAAUCUAAAGCCAAGUCAAUCGACAUUUGUGUCGGUUUUAUCGGCAUGUAGUCAUGUAGGUCUUGUUGAUGUUGGGCGUAUGUUAUUUAGAUCGAUUGUGUUGGAUUACAAAAUGGAUCCUUCCCCUGAUAACUACGGUUGCUUUGUUGAUUUGUUGUCAAGAAAUGGGUAUCUGGAAGAAGCCAAAAGGGUGAUUGAGGGGAUGCCUUAUCAAUCUUGGCCGGGUAUAUGGAGAUCAUUUGUUAAUGGGUGUAGGAUACAUGGAGAGAAAGAGUUAGGGAAAAUGGGUGUGAAGAAAUUAUUAGAGUUGUUUCCAGAGAAAAAUGCUGAGGGGUAUGUAAUGUUGUCAAAUAUUUAUUGUGAAGAAGGUAAGUGGGAAGAUAGUUGGAAGGUGAGGAAGGAGAUGAUUGAUAAAGACAUUAGAAAAGACGUGGGUUCUAGUUGGGUUAGCAUAUAG